CGACUUUACCCUCGCCGUUUUGCGGCCGAUAUCACGACGUCUGCCCGAUGUCGCAUGGCGAGUUACCGGUCCGGUUUCCCGAGGUUUAGUAGGUCAGAUCGGGCUAACGAUGGGGAAAAGUCGGAGUAAGAAGUACAAAUCGGCGCGGCCGCGGCCCACGGGGCUGCCGAGCGUGGCGGAGGCGCUGAGGGAGGGCGAGGCGGCCGGCAACGGGACCGGGGAGCCGCCGGGGCUGGCCAUAGUGGAGAAGCUGCAGUCAGCCUCAGCGGAGGAGCGAGAGUGUGCGUGCACCACGCUGGCCGGACUGGUACUGCAGGAGAACGGUUUAGCCGCCCUGUUGGACAGCCGGCUUGUCCGCACGCUGGGCCCGCUGCUGUUAGAUCCGAGCCAGGCGGUCAGGGAGGGAGCCGCCGGUGUCUUCAGGAACAUGACGGUCGGCGGAGGUCAUGACCUCUGUGAUCACAUGGUGGAGGAGGACGUGAUGACCCCGCUGGUCGCGCUGCUCAAACAGGUCACAGGUCAGCUGACCCACAGCCAGCCAAUGGACAUGCAGGCUGGUGUAAGGCAUGCUGGGAGUGAUCCUGACAGAGAUCCUGUGUGGAGAAUAUUGUACCAGGCGGUGCAUCUGCUCUGGAACCUGUGUGAGAGCACCAGUACGGCAGUCUGCAUAUUUAAUAAGGAAUCCCUCCUGCCCACACUACUGCUGUGUCUGCGGCAACGGGACAGGAACCUACCACUGGCCUUGGCGGGGGCCCAGUGUCUGCAGACUGUGACAGAAGACAACGCAGAAGUCCUGCAGCAGUUCUCUGAAGACGCACUGAAGCUGCUGGAGGGGCUGCUGAUGGGGGAGGGGGGCGACCCUGUCGACAGCUUACUGCUCAGGACAACUGUCGCUGGUUGUAUCUUUAACCUGAAGGCGCUCAUCCCGGCCGGCAGCCAAUCAGAAGCCCUGCAGGCCGUGGUGCGGGUUCUGGCACGGACGCUCGAGCACGACAUCGCCACGGCGAUAACCAGUCUGAGGGGCAUGCUGGGAGAACAGCAGACAAACAACAAUGGUACUGCUGACCAGGUGAACGGUGAAGCAGCGGGACCGGGGAGGCCGGCAACACCUGAGCAGAACCAGUUGCCCCAGGUGACCCGAGCACAGCUGGACCAGGUGAUGUCACUACUGUCGGCCCAGCAGACGGCUCUGGAGAUCAUCGCUAACAUGUGUCUGCCUGAUGACUUGUUCCUUCCCAGACUCCUUACCGUACAAAGACGAGCCCUGCUGUGCCUAAGGAACAUGUUAGCAGUGCUGGAUGGGGAAGGGAUGGACGCGGCAGGGCUGGUGGAGGUGGGAAGCCAUCUCAUGGCGCUCUUCACAGCUUCAGGAGACCAGGAGUUCCAGGAAGCCGUGACAGGAGCCGUCAGGUCACUGCUGCAGAGGAUGGCAGCUGUGCAGGUGACACAGGUGGGUACAGGUGUGACACAGGUGGGUACAGGUGUUACACGGGUGGGUACAGGUGUGACACUGAUAGGAACGUUCCUGGCGGAGGUCGCAGGGAAGGACGCGGUGCUGUGGGUCGUGGCGGAGGCUCUGGACGCCAUCUUUGAUGUGUUCGGGGACGGGCCGCAGGUCGACGCCGUGGCGGCCAACAUCGGGCUGGUGGCAAAACUGCGACAGAUCAGUCCUGUAUUCAAGUCUAGGCAUUAA